AUGGCUCGAGCCAUUCCUGGAACACAAGAACUUCAUUACUUUGAAGCCGCCUCAACUAACACAGUGAAGUGCUAUGCUACCCCGUAUACCUACCACGCAUACUACAAGAACUAUCUGGAAGACAGGGGUAUGACUUGUUUCGUCGAAAGGCAGCUCUAUCCAGCCAAGAAUAAAGUGGCAACAUUCAACUACGCGUCCAGGGAUAAUAGCGGACAAAUAGUCACUCUGUACAAUCAAGACUACCUUCUCAGAUCCAGCCCGGGAUAUAACGUCAGCAACUUUGUAGACUUUCCACAUCCGAACGGGGCGUACUCUCCAUUCCCUGUUCUUUACAGCAAGUGUGGGAAUUGCAUCAUCUACAACGAUCUCCAGCUUAGAUAUGACACCUGCGUCUUAGUGGUGGUGGAUCCUGACAACAUUGAUCCGUGCUGCCUGGAGAUGUACGACUACCUCUGUGGCCCGACGAAGAUUUUGCUCUACGACAAAUGCAACUGCGCCGAUGUCUACGCAACCGUGCAGUAA